AUGAGGGACCUGACAGCCUCGCCUUCCUGUCUCCCCGCCCCCCCAGCCGAUGUCAUCUCCACUGUCGAGUUCAACCACACGGGAGAGCUGCUGGCCACGGGCGACAAGGGUGGCCGGGUGGUCAUCUUCCAGCGGGAGCCAGAGAGUAAAAAUGCGCCUCACAGCCAGGGUGAGUACGACGUCUACAGCACCUUCCAGAGCCACGAGCCGGAGUUCGACUAUCUCAAGAGCCUGGAGAUAGAGGAGAAAAUCAACAAGAUCAAAUGGCUCCCUCAGCAGAACGCCGCCCACUCCCUGCUGUCCACCAACGACAAAACCAUCAAAUUAUGGAAGAUUACCGAGCGAGAUAAGAGGCCCGAGGGCUAUAACCUGAAAGACGAGGAAGGGAAACUCAAGGACCUGUCCACCGUGACGUCACUGCAGGUGCCCGUGCUGAAGCCCAUGGACCUGAUGGUGGAGGUGAGCCCACGGAGGGUCUUUGCCAAUGGCCACACCUACCACAUCAACUCCAUCUCCGUCAACAGCGACUGCGAGACGUACAUGUCGGCCGACGACCUGCGCAUCAACCUCUGGCACCUGGCCAUCACCGACCGGAGCUUCAACAUCGUGGACAUCAAGCCGGCCAACAUGGAGGACCUGACGGAGGUGAUCACGGCGUCCGAGUUCCACCCGCACCACUGCCACCUCUUCGUCUACAGCAGCAGCAAGGGCUCCCUGCGCCUCUGCGACAUGCGGGCGGCCGCCCUGUGCGACAGGCACUCCAAGCUCUUCGAGGAACCCGAGGACCCCAGCAACCGCUCCUUCUUCUCCGAAAUCAUCUCCUCUGUGUCCGACGUGAAGUUCAGCCACAGUGGCCGGUACAUGCUCACCCGCGACUAUCUCACCGUCAAGGUCUGGGACCUGAACAUGGAGGCGAGGCCCAUCGAGACCUACCAGGUCCAUGAUUACCUGCGGAGCAAGCUCUGUUCCCUGUAUGAGAACGACUGCAUUUUCGACAAGUUUGAAUGCGCCUGGAACGGGAGCGACAGCGUCAUCAUGACCGGGGCCUAUAACAACUUCUUCCGCAUGUUCGACCGCAACACCAAGCGGGACGUGACCCUGGAGGCCUCGCGGGAGAGCAGCAAGCCCCGGGCCGUGCUCAAGCCGCGGCGCGUGUGCGUGGGCGGCAAGCGGCGGCGGGACGACAUCAGCGUGGACAGCCUGGACUUCACCCGGAAGAUCCUGCACACGGCGUGGCACCCGGCCGAGAACAUCAUCGCCAUCGCGGCCACCAACAACCUGUACAUCUUCCAGGACAAGGUGAACUCCGAGAUGCACUAGGUGAGCGGCUGCCCGCGGCCUCCGCAGGCCCCUGCACAGAGGU